GCGGGUGCACCGCGGCCAGAGGUUGCGUGAAGGGCUGAGGAGAGAUGGCGGCGCUGGGCCGUCUGCGGCUCCCCGCGCACGGUGUGCUGGGCUGGCGGCCCGGCUCUGCGAGUCCCGUUGGCGCUCAGCUGCUCCAUCAGACGCCGGCCGAUCGCGCUGACAGCUCUGUGCAGGUGCAGAAGAGCUCUGCCGUUGUGCAGAGGAAAUCCUACGUGCCCAGCAGCCGUGGCGAGUACGUCAUUGCCAAGCUGGAUGAUCUGGUCAACUGGGCACGGAGGAGCUCCCUGUGGCCCAUGACCUUCGGGCUGGCCUGCUGUGCCGUGGAGAUGAUGCACAUGGCAGCCCCUCGCUAUGACAUGGAUCGUUUCGGGGUCGUGUUCCGGGCCAGCCCCCGCCAGGCCGACGUCAUGAUCGUGGCAGGGACCCUCACCAACAAAAUGGCCCCGGCUCUGCGCAAGGUCUAUGACCAGAUGCCAGAGCCUCGCUACGUGGUGUCCAUGGGGAGCUGUGCCAACGGUGGGGGCUACUACCACUACUCCUACUCCGUGGUGAGGGGCUGUGACCGCAUCGUGCCCGUGGACAUUUAUGUGCCAGGUUGCCCACCCACAGCUGAGGCUUUGCUGUACGGGAUCCUGCAGCUGCAGAGGAAGAUCAAACGGGAGAGGAGGUUGCAGAUCUGGUACAGGAAAUAACUUUUAUUUAUGUCCCACUCAGUGCCCUGGGCACUGCUCACUUUCAUUCACGCACAAAUCCGGCUCCUCACGCGCCUUCCAAUAAAACUCUACCUGCUCCA